CUUGGUCGUCGUCGCAAACGUCGUGCUCAACAUCCAAAAUGGCCCACUAUCCGUCUCAAUCGCCGCCGCCGCUGCGACACCCGGUGCCCACGCAUCCUGCAUACAUCCCUGAGCCACCGUCGACACCUGGGUCACCCCAAGGUUAUCAGCGGUUUUCGUCCUCCCCAGCACCACCGAAUCAGCCAGCUCACCCAGGGUACCCAUCCCAUGUCCCAGCAUACUCGGCGCCCUUCCAGCAAACGCAGCCCUCGGUACCUCCACAGGGCCAUAUGUCCCAGCCGCAUUUUCAACGUCCUGAACCGAAUCAGCAAGGCAGCGCGUUCCAGCCAGAUUUUGGCGCUUGGGGGAUCGACGGUGCUACCGCGAAUCUUGGAAUGCAGUUAGGCCAAAGUGCAGUCGCUGCAGGACAGCAAUAUGUUCAGAAGAAUUUCGGAACCAUGUUCCCUACAACCACUCUCAAACACCACUUUAAUGUCUCCAAUUCAUACGUUAUGCACAAGAUCAGACUCGUUCUCUUCCCUUGGACGCACAAGCCUUGGACUCGUCGCGUCAGGAGAACGGAGCAUGGCCAACACGAAUGGCUACCUCCACGCGACGACCUGAACAGCCCCGACCUUUACAUUCCCGUCAUGGCGAUCGUAACCUACAUCCUUCUGACCGGUCUUCAUGCUGGCUUGAAAGAGGCGUUCAGACCCCAAAUCCUCGGCGAAACCUUGUCGCGUGCCGCCCUCGUUGUUCUGUUCGACUUCGCCUUCAUCAGGCUCGGCUGUUACAUCCUCAACAUCCAGGGAUCAACUCAAUUCGUCGAUUUCUUUGCCUAUAGUGGAUACAAAUUUGUUGGUGUGAUUUUGACACUCACCGCGGGUUUCUUGGGUCUCUCCGGACCGCUUUGGACAAUAGUUUUCCUUUAUUCUUACCUUGCGAACGCUUUCUUCCUUUUGAGGUCCUUGCGCUCAGUUGUUCUCCCAGAUCCUUCGAUUUCCAUCGCCCAGAACCCAAGCCAAACAACCACUGUCAGCGAGGUUUCACGUCGACGCCGGGUCACCCUGCUUUUCCUCGUCUCCGUCAUGCAGAUCAUCUACAUGGGUGCACUUGUUCGAUUACCGACUGUUAAGAAAUAGUGCUGUACUCCAGAUAUGUACGUCAGGUCUUGGGCUUUGGUAAUCUAUAGCUUGACUCUGCUAGUUUUCGAACCUUUGACCCGCGUUGCCCUUUCAGCGCGCUUUUA